GGCCGGAAGGAUAAGUGUGUAGCGGUGUCUGCCGCUGGUUUGACCGGAGGAGGGGUGAUUAUGGGGCCCGGUUGCCUCUCGCAGUCGCUCCUCCUGCGUUGUCGGCGGGUGGUGGCGGCUCUCGGCGCGGCCCGCUGCUAUGGCGGGCUGCCGUCUGCCAACACUCGCCCGCUCAGCGCCGCCGCUGGCCUGCGGGCUCCCCAGCGGCCGCCGGGCAGGAGUGAGCCGCCACGGGUGGGCGGCGGAGGGCGGUGGAACGGAGCGGCGAGCUCCGACAGGGAUGAAGAAGAGGACGAGGAUAAUGAGGAUGAGGACGAUGAGGAUGAGGACGAGGCGGAGCUGGAGGAGCUGCUGGCCCCCUCUCCUCUGGCCGUGGAGCCCGGCGUGCAGCGCGUGGUCGUGGUGCACCCGGCAGUCAAGUGGGGCCCAAAGAAGUCGCCGCUCACCACUGCUGAAUUACAGAUUGCUGAAGCUGUUGCUCUUGUAGAUACCCUUCAGAACUGGACAGUUAUAGAUAAAAUAAUUAUGCCUACAAAAAAUCCUGACAAGAAAUUAAUUUUUGGCAAAGGAAACUUCCAAGUUUUAACAGAAAAGAUUAAAAAAUUGCCCCAGGUGACAGCUGUCUUCUUGAAUGUGGAAAGAAUGUCUUCACUAACAAAGAAAGAACUAGAAGAUGCCUGGGGUGUGAAAGUCUUUGACAGAUACACGGUUGUACUUCACAUUUUUCGUUGUAAUGCCCGGACCAAAGAAGCAAAACUUCAGAUAGCACUGGCUGAAAUUCCACUUCUCAGGUCAAAUCUGAAAAAUGAGGUGGCUCAGCUAGAUCAGCAGAGAGGUGGAUCAAGAUACAUCAUGGGCUCAGGUGAAACAUUUAUGGAGACACAAUAUCGUAUCUUGAAAGAAAAAGAACUUAAAAUUAGGAAUGCCUUGGAGAAACUAAGGAGGAAAAGGUCUUUACUUAGAACUCAACGCAAAAAACGCGAGUUUCCGAUUAUCUCGGUAAUGGGCUAUACUAAUUGUGGAAAAACUGCUUUGAUCAAAGCCUUGACUGGGGAAGCAGGAAUUCAACCCAGAGAUCAGCUGUUUGCCACUCUUGAUAUUACAGCCCAUGCUGGCUAUCUGCCCUCACAUAUGGCAGUUAUUUAUGUUGACACCAUUGGAUUUCUGACUGAUCUUCCACAUAAUCUGGUUGAGUCCUUUUCAGCUACCUUAGAAGAAGUGGUUUACUCAGAUCUGAUAGUUCACGUGAGGGAUAUUACUCAUCCAGAAACCAUCCUCCAGAAAGCAACUGUGCUGUCAGUUCUGAAGAAUCUGAAUCUUCCCAGCCAUUUAUUGGACUCAAUGGUGGAAGUUCAUAACAAAGUGGAUUUGAUAGAAAGGUAUAAACCCACUGAAGAAAAUGCAUUAGCCAUUUCUGCUCUACAUGGACAAGGUUUAGAGGAGCUGAAAGAAGAAAUAGAGAAAAAAAUUUUGACAGCAACAGGGAAGAAGAUUCUGACAGUUAAUAUCAACUUAGAGGGACCUCAGCUAAGUUGGCUCUAUAAGGAAGCAACAGUUCAGGAAGUAGAAGUGAUGCCUGAAGAUGGCACAGCCAGGGUGAAGGUGAUAAUCGGCAAUUCUGCUUUUGGCAAAUACAAAAACCUCUUUCCCAACAGUAAGAUUUAUAUGCCAUGAAACUGCAUCCCCUUUUCUGGGAAAAGAAACUGAUCUCAUUAAGAAAAUGUGAAAUUAAGUCAAUGACUUCUUAGUGUGUAUUCCUUCUCCAGUUGAUGAUUUUGAUGUGUUUUAGAA